AGCACUAAAGUGAAAACUGCACUGUGUGCGCGCGGGGAUGACAGUCGCCAUUUUAUUUUGAAAAAUCAAACCGAACUGGAAGGAGAGCAACCCAAAAGGAAUGAAUAUCACAAAUACAUUUUGGGAACCAUGAUUCUGAACUUGAUGUCGCACUGAGGGACUUUACCUUGUAUCAAGAUCCACUGAUAGAAGUAGCUUGCUGUAAAACAUUUUCACACCUGGGGGGGGGGGCGGGGGGGGUGGGGGCAGAAGUAUCCUAUCACUGAAGUGACUUAAGGGGAAUAAUGGUGAUUUUGCGCCGGGCACGGCCGCCUGCUUCCGCCCCAACCAGCAAUGAAUCUUGACUCGCUCUCGCUGGCUUUGUCUCAAAUCAACUACUUGGUGGACAAUUUAACUAAGAAAAACUACAGAGCCAGCCAGCAGGAUAUACAACAUAUUGUGAAUCGUCACGGCCCUGAGGCAGACAGGCAUUUGUUACGCUGUCUUUUCUCCCAUGUGGAUUUCAGUGGCGAUGGAAAAAGCAGUGGCAAAGAUUUCCAUCAGACACAGUUUCUGAUCCAGGAGUGUGUUUCACUGAUUUCAAAGCCAAAUUUUAUUUCAACACUCUGCUACACAAUCGACAAUCCUUUGCACUACCAGAAGAGUUUGAAGCCUUCCACCCACUUGUUUACUCAGUUGAGUAAAGUUCUCAAGUUAAGCAAGGUUCAAGAAGUUAUAUUUGGCCUUGCUUUGCUGAAUUCGUGCAACGCAGACCUUCGUGGUUUUGCCGCGCAGUUCGUCAAACAAAGGCUCCCGGACCUCCUCCGCUCGUACGUGGACGCGGACCUUGGAGGAAACCAGGAAGGUGGCUUCCAAGAUAUUGCCAUAGAGGUCCUGCACCUGCUCCUCUCUCAUCUUCUUUUUGGACAGAAGGGAGCCAGCGGGGUCGGACAAGAGCAGAUUGACGCGUUCCUCAAGACACUGUGCAGAGAUUUCCCGCAGGAGCGCUGCCCUGUGGUGCUCGCACCACUGCUAUACCCUGAAAAACGGGACAUUCUGAUGGACAGGAUUCUGCCAGACUCGGGAGAGUUAGCCAAGACCAUGAUGGAGAGUUCUCUCGCAGAGUUCAUGCAGGAAGUUGGCUAUGGCUUUUGUGCAAGCCUCGAUGAAUGCCGCAACAUAAUCCUACAGUAUGGGGUACGAGAGGUUACUGCCAGCCAGGUGGCCAGGGUCCUGGGGAUGAUGGCUCGCACCCACUCUGGCUUGUCUGAUGGAAUCCCCCUACAGUCCAUCUCGGCUCCGGGCAGUGGCAUUUGGAGCGAUGGAAAGGACAAAAGUGAUGGCUCUCAGGCGCACACCUGGAAUGUAGAAGUUCUAAUUGAUGUGGUCAAAGAAGUUAACCCCAAUCUGAACUUUAAAGAGGUGACCUAUGAGCUUGACCAUCCUGGCUUCAUAAUCCGGGACAGCAAGGGACUGCAGAUGGUGGUGUAUGGGAUCCAGAGGGGCCUGGGCAUGGAGGUGUUCCCUGUCGACCUAAUCUACCGGCCCUGGAAGCAUGCUGAAGGACAGCUGUCAUUCAUCCAGCACUCCCUCAUGAGCCCAGAUGUGUUCUGCUUUGCUGACUACCCCUGCCACACCGUAGCAAUUGACAUACUGAAGGCCCCACCUGAGGACGAUAAUCGAGAGAUAGCCACCUGGAAAAGCCUGGACCUGGUGGAAAGCCUCCUGCGCCUCUCUGAGGUGGGCCAGUACGAGCAGGUAAAGCAGCUCUUCAGCUUCCCCAUCAAGCACUGUCCCGACAUGCUGGUGCUGGCGCUGCUGCAGAUAAGCACCUCCUGGCACACCCUGCGCCAUGAGCUCAUCUCCACCCUCAUGCCAAUCUUCCUGGGCAACCACCCCAACUCUGCUAUCAUCUUACACUACGCCUGGCAUGGACAGGGCCAGUCCCCCUCUAUCCGUCAGCUGAUCAUGCACUCUAUGGCUGAGUGGUACAUGAGAGGGGAGCAGUACGACCAGGCCAAGCUGUCCCGCAUCCUGGAUGUGGCCCAGGACUUGAAGUCUCUAUCUAUGCUGCUUAAUGGUACUCCAUUUGCCUUCGUUAUUGACCUUGCUGCACUUGCCUCUCGCCGUGAAUACCUCAAACUUGACAAAUGGCUGACUGACAAAAUCCGAGAGCAUGGGGUGAGUGGUGAGCCCUUCAUCCAGGCGUGUGUUACGUUCCUGAAGAGACGUUGUCCCUCUAUCAUUGGUGGUCUGGCCCUAGAAAAAGACCAGCCCAAAAGCGCCCUCCUUCCCCCGGAAACGAUGGCUACCAUGCUGGGUUGUCUGCAGUCCUGUGCAGGGAGCGUCACUCAAGAGCUCUCUGAGACUAUCUUGACCAUGGCUGCCAACUGUAGCAACGUCAUGAACAAAGCCCGCCAGCCGCCACCAGGGGUCAUGCCAAAGGGCCGUGCUCCCAGCACCAGCAGCCUAGAUGCAAUUUCCCCUGUGCAAGUGUCGGUGUCUCCUCUCCAGAUGGAUCCUCUGACAGCCAUGGGCUCCCUCAACCUGGGCAGCUCUGCCACCUCUCACACACAGAAUAUGCAGGGCUUUCCCACCCCGCUGGGCUCUGCUUUCAGCAACCCCCAGUCCCCAGCUAAGGCCUUCCCUCCACUGUCCAACCCCAGCACACCAUUUGGGGGGAUUGGAAGUCUCUCUUCACAGCUAGGUAACCCAGGUCCGCUGGGAUCAGGCAUUGGCUCUGGUAUUGGUUCUGGUCUUGGAAUGCCAGCAGUGAGCAGUGAUCCAUUUGGGACGAGGAAGAUGAGCACACCAGGCCUGAAUCCGCCCACCUUUCAGCAGAGUAAGAUGGCCUCUGACCUAUCUCAGGUGUGGCCAGAGGCUAACCAGCACUUUAGUAAGGAGAUUGAUGAUGAGGCUAACAGCUACUUCCAGCGCAUCUACAACCACCCCCCACACCCCACCAUGUCUGUGGAUGAGGUGCUGGAGAUGCUGCAGAGGUUCAAGGACUCCACCAUCAAGCGAGAGCGUGAGGUCUUUAACUGUAUGUUGAGGAACUUGUUUGAGGAGUACCGCUUCUUCCCCCAGUACCCUGACAAGGAGCUACACAUCACCGCCUGCCUGUUCGGGGGGAUCAUUGAGAAAGGCCUUGUCACCUACAUGGCCCUCGGACUGGCCCUUCGAUAUGUACUCGAAGCCUUGAGGAAGCCAUUUGGGUCCAAAAUGUAUUACUUUGGAAUCGCUGCUCUAGAUAGAUUCAAAAAUAGACUGAAGGACUAUCCCCAAUAUUGUCAGCACUUGGCCUCAAUCGGCCACUUUCUGCAAUUCCCCCAUCAUUUACAAGAGUGCGUGCAGUAUAUCGAGUAUGGCCAACAGUCACGGGACCCUCCGGUGAAGAUGCAGGGAUCCAUCACCACCCCAGGAAGCCUGGCGUUGGCUCAAGCUCAGGCCUUGUCUCAGCCUCCCAAAGCCCCCCAGCCUGGACAGCCCAGCACCCUGGUCACCACAGCUACCACCACCACCACUGUCGCCAAAACCACUACCAUCACCCGGCCUACCCCUGGCAACUUCAAGAAGGAUGUGCCGCCCUCCAUCAAUACCACAAACAUCGACACACUUCUAGUAGCAACAGACCAAACCGAGAGGAUUGUGGAACCCCCAGAAAAUGUUCAAGAGAAAAUUGCUUUCAUCUUCAAUAACCUGUCACAAUCCAACAUGACACAGAAGGUUGAGGAGUUAAAGGAGACUGUCAAAGAAGAGUUCAUGCCCUGGGUCUCUCAGUAUCUGGUCAUGAAGAGGGUCAGCAUUGAGCCCAACUUCCACAGCCUGUACUCUAACUUCUUGGACACCCUGAAGAACCCAGAGUUUGUCAAAAUGGCCCUGAAUGAAACUUACAGAAACAUCAAGGUUCUCCUUACCUCUGAUAAGGCAGCUGCAAACUUCUCUGAUCGAUCCCUACUGAAGAAUUUGGGUCACUGGCUUGGUAUGAUCACUCUGGCUAAAAACAAGCCCAUCCUAUACACAGAUUUGGAGGUGAAAUCCCUGUUGUUGGAAGCGUAUGUCAAGGGGCAGCAGGAGCUACUCUAUGUGGUCCCGUUUGUGGCCAAAGUCCUGGAAUCCAGUUUACGUAGCGUGAUUUUCCGACCCCAGAAUCCCUGGACGAUGGCCAUCAUGAAUGUGCUGGCAGAGCUGCAUACGGAGCAUGAUCUCAAGCUGAAUUUGAAGUUUGAGAUUGAGGUGCUGUGUAAGAACUUAUCAUUGGACAUCAAUGACCUGAAGCCUGGCACCCUUCUGAAGGACAAAGACAAGUUGAAGAGACUGGAGGAACAGCUCUCUGCACCAAAGAAAGAGGCCAAGCCCCCUGAAGAAAUGCUCCCUGUUGUUAGCACAGGUAUCCAGCACUUUCAAAUUGGGAUGCCCCUUGUCGGAGACUUUCUUCCAUUUGCAGCUGCGCCAUCCACUCCUGCCGCAACCACCACUUGCUCAGCUACUGGUCCCCCUACCCCACAGUUUAGCUAUCAUGACAUCAAUGUGUACGCCCUUGCAGGGCUAGCCCCUCACAUCAAUAUCAACAUCAACAUCCCCUUGCUCCAAGCCCACCCUCAGCUGAAGCAGUGUGUGAGACAGUCCAUUGAGCGGGCCGUGCAGGAGCUCGUCCACCCUGUGGUGGACCGUUCCAUCAAGAUCGCCAUGACUACCUGCGAGCAGAUUGUCAGGAAGGACUUUGCCCUGGACUCCGAGGAGUCGCGCAUGCGUGUGGCUGCCCAUCACAUGAUGCGUAACCUGACCGCCGGCAUGGCCAUGAUCACCUGCCGGGAGCCCCUGCUCAUGAGUAUCGCUACCAACCUGAAGAACAGCUUUGCCGCAGCCCUCAGGGCUCCCACCCCCCAGCAGAGAGAGAUGAUGGAGGAGGCUGCUGCUAGGGUUGCCCAGGACAACUGUGAGCUGGCCUGCUGCUUCAUCCAGAAGACUGCAGUAGAGAAGGCUGGCCCAGAGAUGGACAAGAGACUAGCCACGGAGUUUGAGCUGAGGAAGCACGCCCGUCAGGAGGGUCGUCGCUACUGCGACCCUGUGGUGCUGACCUACCAGGCAGAGCGCAUGCCAGAGCAGAUCAGACUCAAGGUUGGAGGAGUAGACCCCAAACAGCUGGCGGUGUACGAGGAGUUUGCCAGGAAUGUUCCAGGCUUCCUACCCAGCAACGACCUGUCUCAGCCCACUGGAUUCCUUUCCCAGCCCAUGAAGCAACAGGCAUGGGCCACAGACGAUGUGGCUCAGAUUUAUGACAAGUGCAUGGCUGACCUGGAGCAGCACCUCCAUGCCAUCCCCCCAGCGCUGGCCAUGAACCCCCAGACUCAAGCCCUGCGCAGUCUGCUGGAGGCAGUGGCCCUGGCCAGGAACUCCCGGGAUGGCAUUGCUGCUCUGGGCUUGCUGCAGAAGGCUGUUGAGGGUCUGCUCGAUGCCACCAGUGGGGCCGAUGCUGACCUGCUCCUGCGGUACAGAGAGUGUCACCUGCUGGUGCUAAAAUCCCUCCAGGACGGCCGGGCAUACGGAUCACAAUGGUGCAACAAACAGAUUACCAGGUGCCUGAUUGAGUGCCGUGAUGAGUACAAGUACAAUGUGGAGGCUGUGGAGCUGCUGAUCAGAAACCACCUGGUCAACAUGCAGCAGUACGACCUGCACCUGGCACAGUCUAUGGAGAACGGUCUGCACUACAUGGCAGUGGCAUUUGCCAUGCAGCUGGUAAAGCUGCUGCUGGUGGAUGAGCGCAGUGUGAGCCACAUCACAGAGGCCGACCUGUUCCACACCAUCGAGACUCUGAUGAGAACCAGCGCACACUCCAGGGCCAAUGCACCUGAGGGGCUUCCUCAGCUGAUGGAUGUGGUCCGCUCUAACUACGAGGCCAUGAUCGACCGGGCCCAUGGAGGACCCAACUUUAUGAUGCACUCUGGCAUCUCCCAAGCGUCUGAGUACGACGACCCGCCGGGCCUGAGGGAGAAGGCGGAGUACUUGCUGAGGGAAUGGGUCAACCUGUACCACUCUGCAGCCGCCGGCCGGGACAGCACCAAGGCCUUUUCUGCUUUUGUGGGCCAGAUGCACCAGCAGGGCAUUCUGAAGACAGAUGACCUGAUCACGCGUUUCUUCCGGCUGUGCACAGAGAUGUGUGUGGAGAUCAGCUACCGCGCCCAGGCCGAGCAGCAGCACAAUCCUGCGGCCAGCGCCGCCAUCAUCAGAGCCAAGUGCUACCACAACCUGGAUGCCUUUGUUCGCCUCAUCGCUCUGCUGGUCAAGCACUCUGGAGAGGCCACCAACACAGUCACCAAAAUCAACCUGCUCAACAAGGUUCUAGGUAUUGUGGUUGGAGUGCUGAUCCAGGACCAUGAUGUAAGACAGACAGAGUUUCAGCAGUUGCCUUACCACCGCAUCUUCAUCAUGUUGCUGCUUGAGCUCAAUGCCCCCGAGCAUGUGCUGGAGACCAUCAACUUCCAGACCCUCACCGCCUUCUGCAACACUUUCCACAUCCUGAGGCCUACCAAAGCCCCUGGCUUUGUCUACGCUUGGCUGGAGUUGAUCUCUCACCGGAUCUUCAUCGCCAGGAUGCUGGCACACACGCCACAGCAGAAGGGUUGGCCCAUGUAUGCCCAGCUGCUCAUUGAUCUUUUCAAAUACCUAGCGCCCUUCCUGAGGAAUGUUGAGCUCAACAAACCUAUGCAAAUCCUCUACAAGGGUACCCUGCGUGUCCUGCUUGUCUUGCUGCAUGACUUCCCAGAGUUCCUGUGUGACUACCACUACGGCUUCUGUGAUGUCAUCCCGCCCAACUGCAUCCAGCUCCGCAACCUGAUCCUGAGUGCCUUCCCACGCAAUAUGAGACUUCCAGACCCCUUCACUCCCAAUCUGAAGGUUGACAUGCUCAGCGAGAUCAACAUAGCUCCACGCAUCCUCACUAACUUCACCGGAGUGAUGCCCUCUCAGUUCAAGAAGGAUCUGGACUCGUACCUGAAGACGCGCUCCCCUGUCACCUUCCUCUCUGAGCUCCGCAGCAAUCUGCAGGUAGGGGGCGCCACUCUGGGUCCCUGGAAGUAUUUGCAGCACAACGACACAUCUUUAGACCAGGUGUCAAAUGAGCCAGGCAAUCGUUACAACAUCCAGCUGAUCAAUGCACUGGUGCUGUAUGUGGGGACCCAGGCCAUCGCACACAUCCACAACAAGGGCAGCACUCCCUCCAUGAGCACCAUCACUCACUCAGCCCACAUGGACAUCUUCCAGAACCUGGCUGUGGACCUGGACACUGAGGGUAAGACACACACACACACACACACACGAAAGCAAACUUUUUUUGUUUGUUUUUGUAUACAGUGGUAUUCUCUCAUUCCUUUGUUCCCAGGGCGCUAUCUCUUCCUGAAUGCGAUUGCUAAUCAGCUGCGCUACCCAAACAGCCACACCCAUUACUUCAGCUGCACCAUGCUCUACCUGUUUGCUGAGGCCAACACGGAGGCAAUCCAGGAGCAGAUCACCAGGGUUCUUCUGGAGAGGCUGAUUGUGAACAGGCCUCACCCCUGGGGACUGCUCAUCACGUUCAUCGAGCUCAUCAAGAACCCUGCCUUCAAGUUCUGGAGCCACGACUUUGUGCACUGUGCCCCGGAGAUCGAAAAGUUGUUCCAGUCAGUGGCUCAGUGCUGCAUGGGGCAAAAGCAGGCUCAGCAGGUGAUGGAGGGCACUGGUGCCAGUUAGUCAGCCAGCCUGCAGGAGAGAUGCUAGGGCCAAACCCUCCAUCCCUGGACCCCCUCCCCCCUCCCCUCCCCUCCAUUACUGUUAGCACUGGAUGAACUGGAAACGCUGAUUUGAAGUUUAAGGACUGCUGCUCAUGGAUCUGAGGUUUUUUUUGUGUUUUGGCCUGGAUAUGGAGAAGUUGAAUGCUGUUUAAUAUAAUUUUGAUGUAAAUAUUAAAAGGGAGAGAGCUUCAUGUCUGAAAGGUGUCCAACAAAUGAUCUAACAUGUAAAGAUGACACGUGUACAGACACACACAUUCACUCACUACCAAAGCCCUGUUUUGUCUCCCUCCUACAUUGUUCGUUUUACAUAUUUCUUGACUGAUUUAUUUGCGUUGAGGCUUAAUGGAUAGUGGAUUUAAUAAAAAGCAGCCUCAUUUGAUUUGAGUGGGAAGAAAGGCAGUGCACUAGAUUCUCCUGGGUUCACUCCUUUAUCUGCUUGGGGUGUGGUGGGGGUCAAUGGUCUUUCCAUUUUAAAGUGGGUUAGGUUCUCCCUGGCACUUGGAAAAUUUGAGAUGACUAAAGGAACCUUAAUUUGUACAAAGAUCCAAAUUGUGGACCAAUACAGCCCGUUUUGUAAGGAUUUUGAAUGUUUUGUAAAUGUAUUGGUCCAUGUGUAUUUUGUAGUCCUUUUAGUUCUUGCUACUUAUUUCCUGUAUGUAUACAUACUGUAGUUAACUCAUUAAACAAUUCAACUGCA